CACUGGGGUCAUCUAUACUGCUCCACCAUUAGAAAAUUGCUCGGGUACUAUAACAUUUCCCCAUCAUAAAGCAAACAACUCAGCAAAGCGAAGCAUGUCCAGUUAUGUUUUCUUCUUUUGGUACUUCAAAAACUAAUUCACAGCUAGGACCUAGGACAUGAAGGAGCUAUAGCAAAAAUGUAACCACAUAAUCGGUUAUUAGCAAUGGAUUGUUCUUUUAAUGCUGGCAUUUUUGUGUAUCGGUGCUGUGCUCAUUAGCUACUAGCUAGCUUUAAUGACAAAAAUGAUUCAAUCAAAAUUGCCAACUUAUAUAGCUAGCCAACUCAAGAAGUUUGUGAACAAUGUGCGUAGCUUUAUUUCUUUGGCAAUCCCACCCACUCUAUCCGUUCCUUCUUUUGAAUAACAGGGAUGAAUAUCACAAUAGGCCUACGAAGCCAGUGUCAUGGUGGGAAGGUUGUGAUAUAGUGGGAGGGAGGGACGAAAUAGCAAAGGGUACAUGGUUAGCUUGUUCCACACAAGGAAGGGUGGCUUUUCUGACCAAUGUUUUGGAGCUUCAUACACUCCCUGUGGCCAAAAGUCGAGGAGACCUACCCGUUCUGUUUCUCAAGAGCAACAAGCAUCCCAAAGAAUUUGCAGAAAGCCUGAAAACAGAGGCUCCAUGUUACAAUGGCUUCAACUUAAUCGUGGCCGAUGUUACAUCAAAAUCCAUGGUUUACAUCUCCAAUAGGCCCAAGGGACAACCUAUUACCAUUCAAGAGGUUCCGCCAGGGCUGCAUGUUCUUACAAAUGCAAAGUUAGAUUCGCCAUGGCAUAAGGCUCUGCGCCUUGAAUUCAGUUUUAGACAACAUGUUGCCAAAUAUGGGGAAGGUGAGAUACCUGUGCAGGAGGUAAUCCAGAAGCUAAUGAAGGACACAGUUAAAGCUGACAAAAAUUUACUACCUCGUAUAUGCUCACUUGAUUGGGAAUUCAAUCUUAGCUCCAUUUUUGUUGAAGUACAAACACCAAUGGGUCUAUAUGGUACUAGGAGUAGUGCUGCCUUAACCGUGAAAUCAAGUGGACAUGUAAGCUUUUAUGAACUUUAUCUCGAUGGCCACAUGUGGAAGGAGCAUGUUAUUGAUUUCCAUAUCAGAAAGUUGAAGUGGAUAGAGGCUAUAUAGAGAUUCAUGGAUGAAGUAACCUACGCAAGAGCAAUAAAAGAAAAAGAAAUAAUAGCUUGCUAGCUUUCUAUAAUAUAAUGUAUUCCAUAAUUCAUAUUAUAUGAAGAAGGAUCAUUAUCAAUAUUUGAUCCCUUCUCUUUGUGUUGAUAGUUGAUAAGGCAUGUCAUUAAAGCACAACCAGCUAGCUAGUAUAGUGCUGGACUGUUCAUGUAUUAAGUUUAAAUAACGACAUAAACUUAAUCAUUUACUCUAUCCAUUCCUAUUUAUAAGACCUUAAAUAAAAAAAUUGGUGUUUCUUUAUAUAA